AUGGCAGUCAGGUCAAGCCAUGGCAGUCAAUGGCAAUUCAUGGCAGUCAGGCCAAGCCAUGGCAGUCAAUGGCAAUUCAUGGCAGACAGGCCAAGCCAUGGCAGUCAAUGGCAUUUCAUGGCAGUCAGGCCAAGCCAUGGCAGUCAAUGGCAAUUCAUGGCAGUCAGGCCAAGCCAUGGCAGUCAAUGGCAUUUCAUGGCAGUCAGGCCAAGCCAUGGCAGUCAAUGGCAGUCAGGCCAAGCCAAGGCAGUCAAUGGCAAUUCAUGGCAGUCAGGCCAAGCCAUGACAGUCAAUGGCAAUUCAUGGCAGUCAGGCCAAGCCAUGGCAGUCAAUGGCAAUUUAUGGCAGUCAGGCCAAGCCAUGGCAGUCAAUGGCAAUUCAUGGCAGUCAGGCCAAGCCAUGGCAGUCAAUGGCAAUUCAUGGCAGUCAGGCCAAGCCAUGGCAGUCAAUGGCAAUUCAUGGCAGUCAGGCCAAGCCAUGGCAGUCAAUGGCAAUUCAUGGCAGUCAGGUCAAGCCAUGGCAGUCAAUGGCAAUUCUUGGCAGUCAGGCCAAGCCAUGGCAGUCAAUGGCAAUUCAUGGCAGUCAGGACAAGCCAUGGCAGUCAAUGGCAAUUCAUGGCAGUCAGGUCAAGCCAUGGCAGUCAAUGGCAAUUCAUGGCAGUCAGGCCAAGCCAUGGCAGUCAAUGGCAAUUCAUGGCAGUCAGGCCAAGACAUGGCAGUCAAUGGUUGCGAGGGUUGA